UGUGACUGGCCACACAGUCAUGUGUGAACAGGGAGUAUAGCACUGGGCUCAUAUCAUUAGUAUUUAAUUUCUGUAGACUUCAAAGAGCAAUAAAUGUGUAUGUUUCAGCUGUGCUAUUCACCAUAAGUACAUUUAAUUACUAAUGUUUACCUGUCCAGUGUCACACUGAUCGUAGAUUUUCAAAGUUCAUGUAUUUAAUCCUCGUUUUACAUUAUUACCCUGUACUGUUAAUGCAAAUAAGGCUGUCCAUUUCUGAAGUAGAAAAUUUUGUGUUUAUUCCUUUCAGAUUUGGAGCUCCUGAAGGCCUGCUUUCUCCAUCAUCCAUUCUGCAGGAGACUUAGUUUUCCAAACAGGGAGCCCAUGGAGGGGAUCGUGGAGUUCUGACCCCUCUGGGUGGCUCAGCAGGACCGGAGCCAUGUCUGCCUGCAGCUCCUUCACAGAGCAUGUGUGGAAACCAGGCGAGUGCAAGAACUGCUUCAAACCCAAGAGUUUGCACCGCGUGGCCGAAUCAGACCUGAAGAACGGGCCUCCGGAGCGUCCUGCGCAGCUGAAGAGCCUCAGCACACCGGAGGGGAGGCCGAACGCCAACCUCGGUAGCUCUUACCAGCGGGGCGGUGGGCCUGGCCGUUCAGGAAACUUCCGGCCCCCGGUGGCCAAGAAACCCACCAUCGCAGUCAAGCCCACCAUGAUGCUAUCUUGCCCCUCAGCUGGCCUGGACUCUGAGGGCAACCGCACACCUGCUGAGUUUGGCAAAGGGCCCGACUUUCCAGCAUGGAAUCAUAAUGGAUCCAACCGGAAGAGACCUAGCGGGGUGAACAACAACGAAGGUGAGGAAGAAGGAGGGGGAGAAGAGAUUCAAGGGUAUGGCCCACACAGUUGCAGGGCACCGUGUGGCAGCAGCAGCAACAACAACGGCCUGACGGACGUGCUGAAGGAGAUCGCUGGCCUCGGCUCUGGGCCCAGCUCCAGCUCUGGCUCCAGUUCCAGAGAUCUCUUCUUGGGGCGGAUCAGCAGCUCCUACAAGCGCUCCCUGGAGAGAGGCCUACCGGCCUCUGGGUGUCUGGCCGCGGGCAGCCGACGUGGUGGAGGGGCACACAAACAUGUCUCCCUGAGCAACAGUGCCGAGGUCAUCAGCGCCGAGGGGGGCCGUUUCUGUUAUCCCGAAUUCUCCAGCGAUGGAGAGGAGGAAGACGAGGAGGAAGAGGAGAGCGAGAGCGAGGAGGGGGGCGAACACGAGAGCUGGGAUGAGAGUGACGAGGAGCUGUUGGCCAUGGAGAUUCGCAUGAGGGGGCAACCUCGCUUUGCCAACUUCCGUGCUGCCACCCUCUCACCGGUGCCCUUCGCCGCUGGCAAGAAGUGGAACACGGUGCCCCUCCGGAAUCGCUCCCUGCAGAGGAUCUGUGCCAUAGACUAUGAUGACAGCUAUGACGAGAUCCUCAACGGUUACCCCUCCAUCGACUCCAAUGGAGACCUUGUGCCUUGUGGGCAGAACGACCUGCAAGGCUGUGGUUUCUUCUCAAACUCUGAGUCCACCACCUCCCCCGAGUCUUCCUCCUCUUUGCCGGAGGAUUCGCGAACUACCACGUCCAGCAGUACCAGCAGUGCCCCAAGUCGUUUGCCAAACGGUUUGCAUUCCCCCUCAUCUUCCCGAGAGCCUGCUUUGGAAAACAAUGCAGUGAAAGGUCCGGCCACAAGAGUACUGCGGUCACCCAAAGCCUCGGAGACUCACAAGGCUGUCCUGGCCAUCAGACUUGAGGAACGAGAUGGAAGCCAGAAGGAACCUGGACCCCUUCCACAGGCGCUACCAGGCCAGCCAGUUACCAUCAGCUUCACUGCAAUGGAGGAGCAGGCUAAACCUUACCGUGUGGUCAGCCUGGAGAAGCCUCCCGUCUGCAAACCGUACACUGUGGUGGAUGUGUCCGCAUCCAUGACUCACUCUGAGGACUACCCAUCAGAGACUGCCCCUAAGGCUAAGGGUUCCUCUGUCGCCACAACCCCAGUCAAUAGUGCCAGUUCUCCCUUAGGGCACCCCCUGUCUCCUGCAUCGCUGAUUUCCCCAACAUCUCCUCAGGCUCCUUCUGCAUUGCUCAGUGCCUCCCGCAAGAAGAGCAGCAACAUCCGUUACCAGGAGGUGUGGACGUCCAGUACCAGUCCACGUCAAAAAGUCCCCAGGGUAGAGCUUGUGGCAGGGGGGCCCUCCGGCCCAUCUGUGCCUCCCAGACACAGCAGUCACAAGUCAGCACCCACUUCUCCCACUGCGGGUCUUUCCUCUUCCUCUCGAACAGUGCCCGUGAAGUCACCCAACUUGUCUGAGAUCAAGUUCAACAGCUACAACAAUGCCGGCAUGCCUCCCUUCCCCAUAAUCAUCCGAGAUGAGCCCACCUAUGCCCGCGGCUCCAAGAAUGCAGUCAAAGUGCCCAUUGUCAUCAACCCCAGCGCUUAUGACAACCUAGCAGUUUACAAGAGCUUCCUGGGUGUUGGUGGGGAGCUACCGAUGCCCAAGUCUGGGGGAGGAGCAAGGGUGGCCAGUCACACCUACGAGGAGAUCGGCUCCAGCGAGAGCAUCCCGUCAUCUCCGACGGAGAUGUCCAGCAGUGGGAAGAUUGUGUCUGAGAAGGUCGGGGAAGACAGGAAAGUGAGCCCGGGUGCAGGGAAUGUCCUGGAGCUCAAUGGUGGAACCACGGUAGACUCAAGCGUGACUACGACCACGGCUGCCACGAGCGUACUAACACCCAGUCGAGCUCAGUCUGGAAGUUUAGCAAAAGGCAGUGGUGCCGCCAUCUCGCCGGCACGGUACGGCAAGUCAAGCGGGGAGGCAACCCUCAGCUCCGAUGAUAGCAGCAAGCAUCAGCUAUCAACAGGGAGCACCACGGCCCACAGGGAAAAAGCCAGUGCGGUACUCUCGCAGAUCGUCGCCUCCAUCCAGCCGCCACAGUCUCCGCCUGAGUCACCGGCGGCAACCCAAAGCAGGACGUGCAGCGUGGAGGAGUUAUAUGCGCUUCCACCUGAUGCCACUAAGGACACUCUCACUAGGCCCAAAUCCCUCUUCUCCACCCCUGAAGGGUGCCUCUCAAAACCUCGGAAAGAAGGCCCUCCCAAGCUGCUGCCGAAGUCCCAGAGUGCUUCCGCAGCUGUUCCUCCAGUGAGCCCGAGAGCGGAGCCCAACGCUCCCUUCCCUCCACCCAGAUCCACGUCCUCCCCAUACCAUGCUGCCAACCUGUUGCAGAGGCACUUUGGGAACUGGUCUAAGUCAACAGCGGGCACCCCACGCCCCAACGAGGGCGAGACGAGUCCCAGCGGGGGAGAGGGGAGGCGGGCAGCUGCAGAGAGCGCCAAGCCCAAGCGUUGGAUCUCCUUCAAGAGCUUCUUCCGCCGGCGGAAGGACGAGGAUGAGUCGCGAGAGCGGAUGGAACGGGACAAAGAGAAGGGCAAACUGGUAGGGCUGGAUGGCACGGUUAUCCACAUGCUGCCGCCUCCUCCCGUUCAGCGCCAGCACUGGUUCGCCGAGGCCAAGACAGAUGACCCCAGCCAGAAACCCACCAUCAUCUUCACAUACAAGCCCGAGUCAAGUACAGGUGCCGACAGCAAGGAAGACGAGCAACUACAUGUGGAAGAGAUCAUAGAGCCCAUGCAGCUGGCCCCGGAUCAUUCUGGGAAACCACAGAACCCCGGGACAUCUUCAAACUCCCGGGACAUCAGCCCGGGUUCAGGACAGGAGACGGAGAGCCCCAUGCCCCCGGCGGCCUCCCUGCACAGCCGACUAGAGCUGCCCCCCCGCGUGGAACCCCCUGGCCUGUCUGCACCCGCUACCACCCCACCGUCAGCCAGCGAGAGCACUGCCAGCCUGGGGGAGCCAGAAGAGGAGGCCAGUGUGUCCCAUUCCCACUCCCCCGCCUCCAGUACCUGCAGCGCCACCUAUAGCAACCUAGGUCAGUCCCGGGCGAACAUGAUCCCGCUGAAGCAGCCCAGAAACCCAAAAGCCCCCGAGGAGCAGGAGGGCUCCGACAACGGCUCCAAGGCCACACCGCCACCGCUGCCCAAGAAGAGCAUCACCCGGGCCAGUACAGAGCCCUCAGCCCUGGGUAAAGAGCUGUUGAGCCCGAGGCCCAAGGGUGAGGCCAAACCAGGCGGCACCAACCUGAGCGUGGCCAACCCCCUGUACGAUCUGGACUCCACCUGGGAGACGGGCAGCCAGAGCUCCUCCCUGGUGGACCAGGAGUCCGGGGACUCACUGGAGAGGCUGGCGACGGGCAAGGGCAGGCCGGCCAACAGCCUCUCCUGCCUAGCACCAUCCGGGGGAGCCUCCGUCGGCCGGCAGAAGCGGGGCUGCCGCAGCGCUGAGUCCCUGGCAGGCCGGGGCAGGGUGGCGGGCCGGGCCGGAGCCCCAAAGGCCUCGAGGCCGACGCUCUACAAGGGCACGGAGAACUGGGAAGAGGUAGUGGGCCGCAUUCGCGGCCUGCACACAGAUACGCUGCGCAAGCUGGCCUGUCGCUGCGAGGACCGCUUCAUGGCCGGCCAGAAGGACCCGCUGCGCUUCGGCACCGACAGCUGGUCAGACUUCCGGCUCACGACGGGCCGUCCGUGCUGCGAGGCAGGCGACGCCAUCUAUUACACGGCCUCCUACUCCAAGGACCCGCUCGUGAACUACGCCGUCAAGAUCUGCAGAAGCCACGUGAAGGAGACCCAGCAGCAGCUGUUCCACAGCCUGGCCGUGCGACAGAGUUUGGCUCCGCAUUUCAACAUCCAGCAGGACUGCGGCCACUUCCUGGCUGAUGUGCCCUUGCGCCUGCUGCCCUGGGAGGACGAUGACCAGGAGGAGGAACAGGAGGAGGAGAAGGGCAAGGAGGCGAAGGCCGAGCCGAAGGAUGAGCCGGGUGAGAAGGGAGGGAAGGCAGCCAAGAGGAAGGAGGCGGAGAAGGCGGAGAACCCUGGGGGGCAGGUGGACCACACGGGCACGGUGGGAAAGUUGCGGAGCCGCGUAGUGGUCAUCACCCGUGAGGUGCCCUUCCAGACGGUGGCCGACUUUGUACGCGAGGGCGCAGGGCGCCACUCCCGCAACCCAGACCUGUAUGAGCGGCAGGUGUGCCUGCUGCUUCUCCAGCUGUGUGCAGGUCUCGAGCACAUGAAGCCGUACCAUGUGACCCACUGCGACUUGCGACUUGAGAACCUGCUGCUGGUGCAGUGCCAGCCGGGCAACCCCUGGAACCUGGACGUGCCCGAGCCGAACAACAACGUGGCAGCAGGCACCUGUCCCGCCCGCCUCAUCAUCAGCAACUUUUCCCAGGCCAAGCAGAAGAGCCCAUUGGCUGACCCGGGCACGCUGCGCGACCAGGCCCGCCUGGCGCCGGAAAUCGUCAGCGCCACCCAGUACCGCAAGUGUGACGAGUUCCAGACGGGAAUCCUCAUCUAUGAGAUGCUGCACCGGCCCAACCCGUUCGAGGAGACGCCCGAGCUGAAGGAAACAGAAUACACGUGUGCCGACCUGCCGCCGCUGCCCGUGCGCUCGCUCUACUCACAGGGUCUGCGGCGGCUCGCCAGCCUGCUGCUCAACGCCAACCCGUCGGAGCGCAUCCAGAUCGCGGAGGCACGUGCCUGCCUGCAGUGCCUGCUGUGGGGGCCACGCGAGGAUCUCUUCCAGGCACUUGCGACCUGCCCCGGGCCACCCCAGCGGGACGCCAUGCUGCAGAACUGGCUGGACCUGAAGCGGACUCUCAUGAUGAUCAAGUUUGCCGAGCGCUCGCUGGACGCAUCCUGCGGCGUGAGCUUGGAGGAUUGGCUCUGCUGUCAGUACCUGGCCUUGGCCAGCACAGACACACUGGCCCGGGUGGUGGACAUCCUGCAGCCACCGCCCCCACCUCCACUGCAGCUGUGAACUGGCCCGGUUGUCCCCG